UGCUUCACGCGAAGACAAGUUCGACGAAAAAAAGUGAAUUCGGUGAAAACGCUUUUAACAAGAAAUUACAUAAAAAUCCGCAACGAAGUAGCAACAUCAGCUGCAAAUCAACGUUCUGAAUAAAGAUGGCGACGGGUCUACCAAACAAUAGCGAAAACAGAAUGAGACAUUCAAUUCAAACCCACCUCUUAACUACCCCCACAGCAACCAGGUCUUCCUCCCUGAAACAACCAGGUAACCCUCCACCACCACCACAACAACAACAGCCUGGUUAUCCACCACAAAAUGAAGGCUACCCCUCCAAGCUAUUCACCUCAAGGCUACCCCUCACAAGAUAACCCCCCUCUGGGCUACCCUUCUCAAGGCUACUCCCCUCAAGGUUACCCUCCUCAAGGUUAUCCCCCUCAAAGCUACCCACCUCAGCCACCAGUGGGAAUGCAACAGCAACAGCAGAGUACCAACACCACAGUUAUCAUACAAAACCAACCUCAAGCUCAAGUAGUAACAGCGGUCGUUCCUAUUGUCCACGACUACUUGGGUUUGUCGAUUUUUGCUUGCUUCUGCUGUUUUUGUCCACUUGGUGUUGUUGCCAUCUUCAAAUCUAUAGAGUCAAGGGAUCGUUACACUGCUGGUGAUUAUGCAGGAGCAACGAACUCAGCAAGAACUGCAUUGACUCUGGCUAAGAUUUCCAUCGCUUUGGGAAUAAUCCUUUAUAUUAUUUCCAUCGUUGUACGAAGCGUCUGAGCAUAAUGGGAAGUUUGAAAAUAAAUAUUCAAGUGGAAGUUUAAAAUAAAAGAUUCAAGUGAUGUGAGCUA